GAACAAGAAACAAGUGGGUGAAAUAAAGCAACGUGGACUCGGCGCGACUGUCUGUUCUACCAACUCCGCAGACGCUCUCUCAAAAUAAGACCGCGGCGGCGAGCUGUAUUUGUUUAUUGACACAGACUUUUGGUAUUUCGCCAUUUGUUGCUGCUGUUGCUGCUGUUGCUGUUGUAGUUGUUGUUCGUUUGUAUUAACUUUGUUGUUUCUGUGCUGUUCUGUCAGCAGAGGGUAGAACCGUAGCGGGGUAUUGGCGUCGGCAUCGGCAGAACCUGUGCUGAUCUGGCAUUGCCCGCGGCCAGUGGCACGUCGACCGCCGCACUUCGCAUGUGAAGAAAGAAUUACGGGCGACUUCUGCUUAGCUGAACUGUGAAGGAAUUAAGACGUCUUGGCUACUAAUGAGCAAUAAACUGACAGACAAUAUGAACGGGCGCACCAUACGCAUCAACCGGGUGCCAGCAACCAUCACUGCCAUUCUGCUGACCAUUGCGCUUGUGUACUUUCUCAACUUCCAGAAAGAUGAGCGGCCGGCCAUUUACGGCAUGCUGCGCAGCGACAACAAUGUGAAUCUACGCAAGAUGCUCAUUGCCGCCAUACAGGCGGCACAGCGCGGCGGUCUGGAGGUGGUCGACGUGAUGCAUUCGCGUCAAUUAAAGGAGCGCAGUAAGGGCAAAACGGCUGAGGGUGUCAACGAUCCAUUUACGGAUGCAGACGGGCGAUCGCAUUGUGUGAUGAAGCAGGGCCUGCAACGCAUUUUUCCACGUGUACGCAUCUUCUCGGAGGAGGAUAAGGAGCAUUGCAAGGAUGCGUACAGCUUUGAUCUGGAUCCAACUGUGUUGCACGAGACGGCCAAGGUGCCCGACAUGUCGGUCACUGCUCAAGAUGUGACCGUCUGGGUGGAUCCGUUGGAUGCCACCAAGGAGUUUACAGAGGAGCUGUACGAGUAUGUGACGACAAUGGUGUGUGUGGCUGUGGCAGGUCGUCCAGUGAUUGGCGUCAUACAUAGUCCCUUCAGCGGUCAAACCGCCUGGGCGUGGGUUGGCCAAAGCAGAUCCGAAUACCUGCAAGAGCUGCAUCAAAUGCCGCGCCUCAACUCCGACCAGCCCAUCAUAACCGUUUCGCGGUCCCAUGCUGCCGCUGUCAAGAAUGUGGCGCGCAAUGUUUUUGGUGCGAAUGUCAGUUUGCUGACGGCCGCUGGCGCUGGCUAUAAGGUGCUACAAGUGGUAGCCAAUAAUGCCACUGCCUAUCUGCAUACCUCCAUCAUCAAGAAGUGGGACAUUUGUGCCGGCGAAGCCAUACUGCGCGCCCUCGGUGGCGCCAUGACAACGCUCGAUGGCGAGCGAAUCCAAUAUGGACCCCACGAUUCGUCAGUGAAUACAGGUGGCCUGUUGGCCAGUCUGGACAAGCACGAGGAGUACAUGGAACUCAUUUCAAAAUAUCGCACCACGCACAAUGGCAAACUUAGCUAGUAACUAGUACACUAUUUAAUUAACUGCAACUGAAACCCAAACUCUCUCUGGAAUCUCUACCCAGGCAGCUGUUGCACGCGUGCAACGCGUCGUCGUCAGCUUAGGCUUAAGUUCAAACUUAAAAAGAAACAAACCGGUUCUUGUGCGAACCGAUCGAUUUGUGUUAGCAUUUUCGCGGUGGGUCAUGAACCCCUGCUCGACAGCAGAUCGACUUCUAAAUAAUGCAAAAUACUUUGAAAUUGUGCUCAGUUACAUAAAAUUAAUAAAUACUAAAUAAGCGAACCGUC